GGACGGCUUCAUGCUGGGCUUCGAGACGAUCAACCUGCGGCUCAAGGUGGUGUACCAGAUGCUCACAUGCGGCGGCGACGCGGAUUUGGAGCUGGUGGACUCGUUGGACCCCUUCUCCGAGGGUGUCGUGUUCAGCGUGCGGCCGCCCAAGAAGAGCUGGAAGAAUCUCUCUUGAGCUGUCGGGCGGGAAGAAGACCCUCAGCAGCCUCAGCCUGGUGUUCACGCUGCACACCCACAAGCCGAACCCGCUGUAUGUGAUGGACGAGGUCGACGCGGCGCUAGGGCACGUCCUCGGGCACUCGUUGCCGUCUACGAACACACGACUCAACCUCAGGCGGCGGUCGAUAAUUGGGGACUUCCGUCUAGCACGCUUUGGGCGACGGGAAUCUCUGCAUAUGUAGCAGGCAUCAAUAUACAGCAUACAGCCCUGCUCCACCAUGACCAACCCAUUUAGCCAGACCAGGUGGGCUUUAACCAGGAAGCAAACUGAGGAAUGGGAGGAAGGGAAGGGGUUAGUUAAAGAGGGUUACGAGGAGGACGGAAAGGAAGGCAUGUGGGUGAGGUGACAGGCAGGUACGAUUAGCAGGCACUAUUAGGCGGUCUUAAAUCAGUGUCGUAGUUUUGUGCGUGUAGGGUAUACAUGUGUGGAUCGAAGAUGAUGGAAUGGCAAUGGCCAGCCAGCAAGUGUAUAGAGGGCAACGAGCUUAGGCCGGGAGCAUUGCCCCAAGUAUGUGCUGAGAUGAUGCUCUCCGAUGGUGUGACCCCGAACAAGUUAACCUGUCUUUCUGAAACUGAAAGGAAUUUUGUAUAUAUUUGUAUAUGUUUUCGGUACUUAAUGACACUGCAAUGCUAAAAACGCUGUCAUGUGCAUGCGUGGGUUUGUGGUCGGUGGUUGCAGUUUCCAGUGCUAUUCGAAUGCGAUGUGUCUCAAAUGUGUUGGGUUUCGAAUGCGAUGUGUCUUGAAUAUGCUGGGUUUGGAAUGCGAUGUGCUUCGAGUGUCGAAUGGUGCGAAUUUAGUACGAGGAUUGCCAGUCACAUGUUUAGGUAUGCUGUUCUGUGCAUGCGCUGUGUUGAGGUGCUGUGUAACAACGGUCCUAAAAGGCCUCUCGAUGUCGUGAGGUGUAUUUCCCUUUAGGACUUAUAUUGUAGCCUUGCUACAAGCUGUUGCAUGCCUGACAGUAGGGACAUGUUUUCGUGUUCACUUGUUGCUUCACGACAGUGGUUUUCAGCGGUAACCACGCGUCCUUGUGGGUACUUGUUUGUUCGCAGCUUUAGUCGCUCAAGCGAGCUGACACCUCCCUGCAGCUUCCUUUGUUGUAGAGGGGGGGGUACAACUGAAAAUGGUACACAACAAAC